GUGGACAGCUGGAAAUUAUUCAUUUUCUCGUUACGGUCACCGAGCUUAUGGGACACGGCAUCAGCAAAGUCAUCUUGUUCGCAAUCUAAAAGACAGUGCUAUAGGAAUACAAGACAACACCUGCCCUACCAACUAAACCAAAAUGUACUCCACACUAAUGACAUCAGCGGCAGCCUACCAAAAUGUGGCCCUGGUGCUGCUAUUGCUGUGCAUCGUCACCAGUCCGACUGAGAGCCGAUUCCGGGAGAAAGAAUCGAAAAAAACAAAAUCCGCCCAACCGAACCUCAUCCCGGGCAGCAACGUCGGGAUGCCCCUGAUGAACCUUUGCUCGGGCGAUCGUGAGAUGAAGCUGGUCUGUCACUGCAGUCCGGAUGAUCCGCACGUUAAGGCCCAGAAAGCCAACUGUUGGAUCUUCGGUAAGGAUCUACCCCGGAAGGAUCCCAACUGGUUGGCGUUCCAGACGCAAACGACGCUGGAGCAGUUGAAGAUCACCGUGCAGAAAAUCGGAAAUCUUACCUACAUCCCGUCGGAUGUGAUAGUGACGCUAAAGUAUCUCAAACAGCUGACUAUUGAGUACGGAAUGAUUCCGGAUCUGCUGAAUUACGCGUUCGGAAAUCUAACCGACCUUAGAAACAUCACGUUGCACAAGAAUCAGAUUCGAAUUGUUCAUCCUUUCGCGUUCGCCAAUCAUCCCUAUCUGGAAGAGAUUAGUCUGGAACGAAACGAGAUAAUUGAACUGGACAAAGAAGCGCUGGUGCGUUUGCCACAGCUGAAAAGACUAAAUUUGGAUUUCAAUAAUCUAACAAUGCUGCACGAUGACGUGUUUGUCGAUCUGACUAGUUUAGACGAGCUGAAGCUGGAAUCGAAUCAACUUUCUGUCCUAACGCGCGAGAUUUUCAAAGGCCUUGGAAAUCUGCGUUUCCUUAAACUGACAGCCAACAGUAUCAGUUACAUUGGCGAUACGGUUUUUGCCGAGCUGUGGAGCCUGCAUGAGCUGGAUCUGGACAGUAAUCACAUUGAGAAACUGUCGGCACGCGCGUUCGAUGGUUUGAACAACCUGCGGCGACUAAAUCUCGAGAACAAUCGUCUGACUCGGCUGGAGAGGGGCAUCUUCACUGGAGUGCCGGCAGUCCUGUCGCUUAAUCUCAACUCCAAUCAGCUGGAAACAAUCACCUACAACAACUUUCUGCCCCUGAUGGAUAACCUGGUCAACAGUACAGCCGUCCUACACCUGAAAGGAUCUUCGAUAGCGAGCACGCAGGCAAUCAUCAAAUCCAACAUCGAGCGGGCGAAGCUUCAAGUUGAAGGGGAAAGAGGCAUGCAUCCAGCAUGCAACAACCAAUUCGAUCAUGCCAAAUCCUUCUAA